CACAUUAAAGAGAUACUUGUGGAUUUAGAUCAAAUCGUGACGGAAAUUUAGUUUCAUUUAGUUACGAUAUAAACAAACCCGAUUUAAGAAUUUAGGAGAAAGUGUUGGCAAAUAUAUAAUUUGUGAGAAAAUAUACAUAUAUGUGAAGAACACGCCUAAAAUGACUUAAAACAAGACAGAAGAUUUUUGGAUAUUUGAGUGAAAAUAAUAGAGGAACGAUCUUCUAUACCGUCGGCACGUUUUCCUUCACCGUCAUAAAACGUGGGCUUGUAGCAGGAACAAAUACUACUCCUUGCCAUGGAGAGUCCCGUUUUCCAACCGACGUUGCCUUUCAGGAUGUUGGUUUAGAUGGGGACAGGCAUAGUUAUAUAUCAAAUACAUAGAUAUAAUUUACUAACUUAGAAUAUCAUAAAUACAGAUCGUUCAACCUAGUGAAAACAAGAAAUAUCUUUAAAAAAGAUGGUCGGCGUGAUGUAACUGAAGCACAAGUUAUAUAUGGGCAGAAACCUGUAUUUUAAAUCUUUUGGCAAUGUUGAAAGGGGCCUCUGUGAAGUUUUGUAUAAAUGAGGACAGUAGUUCUGAAGAAGACUGUGUUUAGAAAUUGUGGAGGGACAUACGACGGACACCAAACAAUCACAAAAGCUCACUUUGAGCCUUUGGUGCUUAAAAGAUGGUAACAGCCAAUACCAAUUUAUGGACAGAGAAGUCAGUUAAGCACAGCUGGAACAGAUAUGCCUUCAGCACAGGCGCAAAUUCCUGCGAGCAGUCACGAAAACCAUUUAAUGCUCGCAAAGCAUAUCAAUUUGAUAUCACAAAUGGGACGUUUGAAAGCUCUUGGCGAAUAUCAGCUGAACCACGCCAGGCAUCCAGGGAAUAUAGCUCCAGCUCAUAUACUCCACGAUGCAAACAAAUUCGGUGUCAAAAAUCUAGCAAUGGUGGGUAAUAUUGGACAAAGUCAGGCGAUGCUCCAUUCAAAGGUGCAAAAUUUGCAACAGCCGAAGUUGUUUGAUUUUGACGUUACAAAAACACAUUCUGACGUUAAUCUAGCACCACAUGUAAAUCACGUGAAUUCUAAUCACGCGGUAAUUGAUAGAAUGACAGUUCCAGUGAUAGUAUCGUGUGCAAAUCCGUUUACGUCACAAUAUGGCUACGGCCGAAAAGUGUUUCCGUGUCCGCAAUGUCGUUAUACCACUGAUAGAAGAAACAACCUGAAGAGACACAUGCUCACAAUGCACCAGACAUGCGCAAAGACUCUCGAAUGUUGUGGAAUAGUGUUUGCUACAAAAGCUUCCUUGAGGGAACAUGCAAUGAUCUUUCAUUACCAUGGUUACACCUGUUUCUACUGCGGGCGAAGGUUUUGUCGUAAAGCUUUACUCAAACGGCAUCUUUCGGUGCACAAUGGUCAGAAGGAUUUCGUUUGCCCGGUGUGUGAUUACGCCACAAGUCAUAAAAGUAAUUUAGAAAGACAUAGAAAGGUUCACUGUAGACCGGAAGACAGGAAGCCGGGCGAAUUGGAUUGUGGGGAGGAAGACGAAGUAACGUGGAGGUCAGAAGAUCACGGAACUGAUGAUAACAAUAACCAAAACAUUCUAAGUAGUUCCGAUGAUGAAAGCGAAGAAAUAAAUGUAGAUUCCGAUUGAAGUGUGCCAGUAACAAGCGAAAAUAUAACUUCCGGUUCUUUAAACUUACUGUGAUGUGAUAUAAAUAAAAAUGCUUUUACUAAGCAGAGAAUGGUAAAGGGAAGAAGUGAUUUUUUUUCUUAAUAAUUUGUUAUAUAAGUGUUGUUUAGAUAAAUUUGACAUUAAUCUUUAUAAAAACACUAAAUACACACACUUGUUCUUAUAACUGACAACAAACAUGUUUUUGGUCUGUUUCACAAAAAAGUAUCAUGACUAUGCGUCUCGCAGACAUCAUUGAAAGAAAGAUGCAUCAAAACUGCGCAUUAAGAUUCAUACAUAUGUUGAUAUUUUAUAUGUAUUUAAUAAAUUAAUACUAGAUUCCUUCUAUUUUGCAACAAAUUAACGCUUUGAACAUUCCUUUUAGUCUUUAUGUAUUGUACGAAGGCUACGAUAGUGAUUUAUGGAAAAGUACUACAUAGGACCCAGUGGGUCAUUUUUACAUUUACUAAAGAAUGAAAGUACACAUACUUCCUGAAUUUUGAAAUACUUGACAUAAGCCUUUGCACUAGAACUCUUUCAAUUUAUCAUGUAAUCAUUUGCCUGCUCAAGAAUAAAAAAUGUAUAAAUGGUAUCCAUAAAAGCUCAGAUGGAAAUAUAUUUUAAGCCAAUAAUAGAACUUAUGAAAAGUUGUGGUACAGACCCCGUCGUUUUUUUUUUUUUUUUUUUUUUGUUUUUUUUUUUACAAAUAUACUGUGUGUAUAGCAACAGCGAUUUGUGCUUUUUAUUGUUUCGUGUAAAUUUAUGUUACACUGGGUAUAACGUAAGAUUAUAUACAUUUAAUAUAUAUUACAGUAGUUUAAAAAAAAAAAUAUUAUCUCCAACUUUCCAUCUGCAACCUGCUGUUCUCUGAAAUUUGUUGUUUUUUAUAGAGAAAUUAAAAAUUUACAAAAUAGGAAUUACAUUCAUAUAUUAAUUCUGUCCUCUUAUAUGUUGAAUAAUAAAAGUAUUAUAUAUCGUU